AUGGAGAAAUGCGAUCUGACAUCUUCAGAGAUUUCGAGAUAUAGCAGACAGCUCAUUCUUCCUCAGUUCGGUGUUUCAGGUCAACUUAAACUUCGAUCUGGACGUGUACUUAUUGUGGGAUGUGGAGGUCUUGGGUGUCCAGCCGCAGUUUAUCUUGCAGCUGCUGGAGUUGGUACAAUUGGUCUUGUUGAUAAUGAUAAAGUUGAGUUAAAUAAUCUUCAUCGUCAAGUUGCACAUUCUGAGUCAACAAUAAAUAUGUCAAAAGUUCAUUCACUUGCAAAUAGGUGUACAGAAUUAAAUUCAACAGUGAACAUACAGACACAUGAAAUUCACUUGGAUCACACGAAUGCCGUUGGUAUUAUAGAAAAAUAUGAUGUAGUUGUAGACUGUUCGGACAAUCUGGCAACACGUUAUCUUGUUAAUGAAGCCUGUGCAGUAACUGGACCUAAGCCAUUAGUGAGUGGUAGCGCUUUGCGUUUGGAAGGACAAAUGACAGUAUAUCUUACCAAGUUAAUUCUAUCCUCAGAGGAAAUGUUAUCUCCGAAUAACCUUCCUGCUGAACAUCGAGCUCCAUGUUUUCGUUGCCUUUAUCCUGUACCACCACCGGCAAGUAGUGUUCAAGGUUGUUCAGAAGCCGGUGUUUUUGGGGUAGUUCCAGGUAUUAUCGGCACUAUGCAGGCUGCUGAAGUUAUCAAAAUACUGACUGGUGUUGGUGAUGUUCACACGGGUAGACUAUUUCUCUUGGAUGUUGAACGUAAUUUGACUCGUUCAGUAAAAUUACGAGAACCUCGACCGGAUUGUCCUGUCUGUGGAAACAAUGCAGUGAACAAUAGUUUAGAUAAACCUUUAACUAAUUAUGUUUUAUUCUGCGGUGCACCCAGUUGUGAUAAGCCGCGGAAUAUGAAUAUGACAAUGAAUAGUGAUCGUAUUACUGUUCAACAAUUAAAAAGCUAUAUAGACUCUCAGUUACCAUAUUUGCUUAUCGAUGUUCGUUCGAAAACUGAAUUCGACAUAUGUCAUCUGAAGUCAUCUAUACAUGUACCCAUAAAUGAGCUUUUCCGUGAUUCAGUAAUAUCAGAAAUUCGGCAAAUGAUGGAUACCCAGAUCAGCAAAGGAGCUACUCUACCUUUUCCUGUAAUUCUCUUGUGCUAUCGUGGAAAUAAGUCGGCAGAAGCUGCACCUCUUUUAAAAAGCGCAUUAUCAUCUUUCCGAUGUUCGAAUUCUGACAAUGAUCUAACUGAUAAAGUUAAUCACUUAACAAAAGAAGAUUCAAAAUAUUUCAAUGGUGAAUCCAAUCAUAGUGACUUUAUAGUUUGUGAUGUUGCUGGAGGUCUUUCUGCUUGGUCAUUGGAGAUCGAUCCUAACUUUCCUACUUAUUAA